AGAGGGAGCGAGUAAAACAAACCUAGAUGCACAGUGAGAUACAGAAGGUCUUUACGUGUUGCCAACCAGUUAACCAGUGAGGGGAGGAAAGACAAUUCAUAAGAUAGAGAAACAGACAGGAGGGGGGGAGAGAGAGAGAGAGAGAGAGAGAGAGAGAGAGAGAGAGAGAGAGAGAGAGAGAGAGAGAGAGAGAGAGAGAGAGAGAGAGAGAGAGACUGUCCACAAGCUAAGACAAAAAACAAAGAGGAGGAGAGGAGAAAAGAGGAGAGGAGAACUUGCGUGUGUGGGUGUGGGGGUGAAUCCAAACAGACCAGCGGGUCGAUGUUGAUUUCCAAACCUGGAGGACUCUUGGAAAAAAACGAAAGCAGACUGAAGAAACAGCAGCAGCCUGAAGAGAGUGGCGGCGUCCGCGGGGAGGAAUCUGAAAAGUAGAAGCUUGUUUUGAUCUGCCUGUGACACAGAGCCUCAGAAUGUCGGUGUCUCGGAGGUGUCUGUGCUGCGUCAAAUAUCUGAUGUUUGUCUUUAACCUCAUCUUCUGGCUGGGAGGGUGUGGUUUGUUUGGCGUGGGGGUGUGGCUGUCCUUCACGCAAGCGGAGUUUUCCUCCCUGCCGCUGUCCUUUCCAUCCCUCUCCGCCGCCAAUCUGCUACUAGUCGCCGGGGGCGUUACCAUGGUGACCGGUUUCCUGGGUUGCCUCGGUGCCCUGAAGGAGCAGCGCUGCCUACUCAUGACGUUCUUUGUCAUCCUCUUGUUCCUGGUCCUCACAGAAGUGACUCUUGUGUUGGUCAUACACAUCUUUCACAAAAAGCUGGACUCCAAAGCGCAAGGCGAGUUAAAGGAGGGGAUGAAAGUUUACACUACCGAUGAUGGUCUGAGAAAAUCCUGGGACAAUGUCCAGAAAAUGUUCAAGUGCUGCGGCGUGACUGACAAGACAGACUGGUAUGAUGUGUUGAAUGGAACGCUCCCCUCAUCCUGCUGCUCUGUCGGGACAAACCAUUGCGCUGAAGGAUGGAGCGAGCCAUGUUACCAGAAGGCCAGGCAAUGGCUUCUAGACAAUAUCCCAUCGGUCCUGGUGUUUGGAGUCUGUAUCGGCAUUGUGCAGAUCCUGGCCCUGGUUUUCUCCCUGCUAAUGUACUGUCAAAUCCGCCGUGCUGAGAAGUACUUGGACUGACUCUCAACCAGCUGCUCACAGGCUUCUGGAUGGAAUCGCAAACUGGUCCCAAGUUUUGAAAGCCUUCAAUCCAGAGCAAUUUAUUUCUAAACUGUGUAGCAAAUGCCUUCGAACGUUAGACUCACCAACACUCUUAAAGCCCUGUGACCCCCACAUGAGAGGACGACUGUGGUGCACGAUAGGCUUUUGCUGAGUUAUCCAGUCAGUGUUUAAUUUCAGAUAAAAGAGGGCAAUUGGAAAUCAAGUCAGAUAAAAUGCACUAAAGCCAAAGAAUGUCAGCUGUCAAAGUGAACAGUUGCCUUUUUUCUCGUCCAAGGAAAUCUGAUAAGGUCCUUUAGAAGAUCUAUUGACAAAUAUGAUCUGAUAGAGGUUAAGGAGAAAAUGAGUCAGAAGAACUGCACUAAAGUCUUUGUUGGUUUGACAAAGUGGCCUGGGGCUUAAUUUCAUGUUACAUUAUGCUGUUACGAAGGAUUUCACAAAUUUUACACAUAAAUUCAUCUUCCUUGCUGGUAACUAGAAGACAUCCAUCCAUCCAUCCAUCCAUUAUCCAAGCCGCUUAUCCCAAUCAGGGUCACAGGGAUGCUGGAGCCUAUCCCAGCAGCCACUGGGCGGCAGGUGGAGAGACACCCUGGACAGACCGCCAGUCCAUCAGAGGGCCCUAUUUCAGCAGCUCAUGUAGAGUCUGUAUUUCAGAAUUCAGUACCUCUCCCAGAUCUUAAAUCUCCUCACUAGAUUUGAGGGUUUUGGUUGGUGUUCAGUAUCUUUUAUGUUGAUAGUCAGCCCACAGUAAAUACUAUGUUGUGUUACUCUAGAGAUAAUUAUUCUUAAUAUUGCACAAAUUCAGUUUCAUGUUGUUUUCUUUGCAGUUCUUUAAGUCAGCAGUGCAAAUGUCAGUCUUCGGUUAAGACCUGGCAAAUAGAUGAUUUGGAAUUAGCUUUGUGUUUGUUUAUAACAUUUUUUCUAAAUUUGAAUGACAUUUAGAGAAACGGAACAUGAAAAAAACAAAUCUGGCUUUUCUGAUAGAAAAACUAUUUAGGCGAUUAGCUGGGCAAGUCCUGAAACACACCGUCAAGAUGGAUUGAUGGUAAUUAUUAACUUCAUGUACUCAUCCUUCUUAUCGUAGGUGUUUUUUUUAAGACUUCACAAAAGCCUUCAAGAAUUAUUUGUAUGCAUGUGUAGUGUUAGAAAACAUGAAUGUGCAGAUAAUUCAAAAUACACUAAUAAAAGGUAGUACUUUGCUUGAA